AUGGACCCGAACCCGGACCCGGACCCGGACCCGAACCCGAACCCGAGCCUGAACCUGGACCUGGACCUGGACCAAGAGUCCCUUGGCGGCUAUGCAGAAAUGCCUAAUCGGCCUCAGGAUCAAAAUGCCAGGACCUCGCGAGAACUUCCACCACGGGAGGAGGAGACGAUGGAAUCAUCCAAUUUAGAUCCCGAGUUCUAUUCUACCUCCACCACCUUCACCACCACCACGCUUGACCCCUAUGAGCUCGUCCUCUACCCCAUCGGUAUCCUCGUCACCCUUUUCAUCUCGGUGCUGGCCAUCUUCUGGACCCUCGAGCCGCCUGCAUAUCAUCUCUUUCUCGAGAUCGUAGCCCAGUAUCAGUAUCAGUACCAGUCCCAAUACCCCCGCCAACCCUGGAUGAAUGCGACCACCUUCUACUCUGGUCUGAUCGAUUGGCUUUUUGGCCAUGAAUAUUGGAUCAUGUUGAUCGUUCAGUCCUCCGCGACGGCCUCUGCCUUUCUCUGGCUGAUCUUCCGCGCCUACAAGACUCUGCGGACACCCGCAGCUCGCCUGAUCGAAACGCUCGGCGUCGAUGUUCCAGAAGCUCCCGAAGUCACGCUCGCCGGCCUCAAGUCGAAUGCGUGUACGCUACAAUGGACGAAACCGAGGCCUGGAUCGCAGGUAGCGAAGUACUUGAUCCAGGUUAACGGAGUCAACAAUGAUGCAGUUGGCGAGUCAUCCAAGAACGAUCUACCCGCGAUUGAGGUGACCGGGCUCAAGCCUGGUCACUUCUACAAUAUCCGAGUUAUCGCCUGCGGGAUGAACAACUUCCAGUCGGGGAGCAGGGUCUUGCGAAUCAGUACCCUCACAAAAGGGGGACAGCCGUACCAGGGAAACGCGCCACCGCCGUCAAGCCAGGAUGGCGACGACGACGAUAGUGACAGUAAUGAUGACUCGCAACCCAGUCGAGGCCCGGUCGUCGAGAUUCAGGCCGCCAGCCUGCCGGAGUCCGCGCCGGUGAUAACGCGGGAGCACAGUGGUGGGCAUGCAGGAGGUGGAAGCCAAGCUGGGCAAAGGAGAAAUACUGGAGGCAGGAAAAACUCUCCGUCAACUGCUGCAGGGGCGGAACAGGCGGCGCGAGAUCUUGCGACUGCGAACCAGCCCAUAGAGAGUAUGCAGCAGUUGACCGAGAAAUUUGAGACUAUCCGCAAGGAGACAGACCUGACUGUGUUAAUGAUUGCCCACGAGCGGGAGGAAUUCGAUGAGAAAUAUGCCGAGUUGGAGAGAGAGAGGGAUUCAAAGAAGCAAGCAUUGCAAGAACGAGAUAGAGCGAGUAAAGCCCUAAAAGCGGAAGUCGACAAUAGUGACCGGCUGAACAGGGUGGCCCAGAAUAGAAAGGCCCAGCAUGAGAAGAAGUUGAGGGACGAAAAGACCAAGAUGGAGAAGAUGCUUGGUGAUAUGGCGCGAUGGAAGCAGGAGAUUGAAAAUAUGAAAAAAGAAAAGGAAUCCUGGAAAGACGCGAAGAGGGAGCUUGGGAAAAAGAAAGAGGCCAAGGUUGCCGACAUCAAGGAAAAGAUUGCAGAGCAGCAACUGGUCCUCGACGCUGUAGAGAAGCACAUCCAAUCCCGGGGACUCCAAAUUGUUGAACUUGAAGCCGAGCGCAGGACACUACCGGGCUCGGAAGACGACGAACACUCACUGUCGCAAGAAGCCGCUGACAAGCGAGAAGAAAUGGAGUGGCAGGCAAGGGAAAGACAGCUGGUGGCGGUCUUGAACAGCAAAUCUCAGCAGCUGAGAGAGAUUGAAAUAAUGACUUCUCAACAACAAGCGGUUCUCGCUAACCUUAGAACAUCUUUUGAGAUGCUUCAAGUCAACUCAAUGGGCGUCAAUUUCGAGCCGAAUAGUGCUGGCAAAGCCAUAGCUCGCAGGACCCAGACUCACGGAGGUCGGACAAGCACCCUCUCUUCUUCUGUCGCUGUAUACCCUUUGCUGAACACGGCAUUCCCUAUCAUGCAUACUUAUAAACACCUCGCGACCGCCGCCUCGCCCAACUACGCUCCUGGGCCAUUCUUCUUGACGCACAACGACACUGGUCUGGUCAUCGAGGCAGACCAUAUGAGUGGAAUGAGCGAAGAAGAAAGGCGGAUGCUCACUGCUGAUGCCCCUCUGAGUCCUGGUGCCCAUUCAUUUCUUCCGUCGAACUUGAUUAACGAUGAUGCUGAUGACGACGACCCAUUAUUUCGCAACAUUGGUGCAAGUCUCGAUACAGAUCCUCAAUCACCACAUUCUUCCAGCCCAUCUCCAAGCUUGUUUGCCAGCCCUCUGAACUCCUCGCAGAACCUUCCACAAUACGGUGUACCUAUAAAUGGUUACCCUUCAGGCGACGACAUGCGGUCGAUGAGCACAGCACAGGCUGGCUUUGCUAUCAUUCCUGAGCCUGCAGCUCACAAGAGCCUCAAAGACUUGUUCAGAACCAGAGGGAAGACGGUGGGAGAUAGCCCAGCUCUCGGAUCUUUGAAACAGGGCCAAAGCCAGUCUGUCCCACGAUCUACCGAGGAACCAGAAUCAAUGGCAACCAAGCAACGUCGAAUCAGCUUCUCGACGGGCUGGCCAAGCUUUUUCAAGGGUGCACCUGCCUCGGACUCCUCUGCGCAAGGAAAUGCACCCGUGCCUGCUCGUAAUCCAAGUGCAAGGACGCGUCGUGGAUUCAAUGUCUUUAGUUCGAGCAUGGAUGAGCCCAGCGUCCGCUCUGAAAGGGAUCCCGGUAGCCCUCGUCCAACUUCAAUCGCCUCUUCGGAUCUCCCUCGGCCUUCUACGGACAGCGCGCCGUUUGGCUGGGGUCCUGCACCGGACAGUCUCCUCCCCAAUAGAACCAGCCCUUUAGCCACAAAUUGGUCGGUACACGCCACUCAGACAUGGCCUUCAAUCGCUUCCCGACGACCAAGCUUCCAACACGGUUCUUCGUCUGCACUGAACACCGGCAUAGCUAGUGACGAUGAUGAAUUUCUGCCCUCUUCAGACUCCUUAGCUGGCCAAGCUAGUCCAUCACCUGUGGGCGUGAUUGGCACUCGUUCUGUUUCGUCCCAUAUAUCAACUACCCCAAAGCUGAACCCUGCAGCUCCAGUUUUCAAAGGUUUUAGCUUUGACUUUGGCCGCACCUCCAGGUCCGACAAGGACAAAGGGAAGAAUAAGAUCCCGGCUCUUGACCCCCUUCAAUCUCCUGACAACUUUCUUAUUGAUUCGAAUAAUGUAUCCUCACCUUCUGCCUCGAGAAAGUCUCGCGAUACCCACUCCAUCCAUACGCAGAACAGCAUGGCCGAGUCCCACGAGGAUUUGGACCUGACCGUAAGCAACGGCACAUCUGACAUGAACACUCCAUCGGGCGCCAGUACCAAAGAGAAGGAGACUAUCAUGCGGUCAUUACUACGCAAAGGCAGCGCCAGCAAAUUCACUAUCUCCUUGCGCGGAAAAGAAAACGGUCUGUUCAGCGGCAAGAAAGCCUUGAGCAGCACCCCUAGCUCUGCCAGUGGCCACGGCGACCACCAAGGCAACAGCUUUGACGAGUUUGGCGAGGAUGUCGGGCCGGGGCGAAGCGCGGAUGGCGUGAUGAGCAGCCCGAUGCUGGGGUCUGGCGAGCCGAAGGCGAAAGACAAGGAGGGUGGGAGCGGGACGCCGAAGGAGGGUCGGAUGAACCUCAACUGGGGACGGCUCGGGUUCAAGAAGGGCAAGGUACGGGGGAGCGAAGACACGGAGAAGAGCGAGGCCGAGGUGGCGGGGGACGAGGCAUAG